UGGUUUAUAUUAGCAAUUAAACUAGGCAUAGUACUUGACCAAUUUUAAUAUAGUUUCACUUUGAAGAUGUAGGUUUGAAAGACAAGAUGACUUUCAACGAAUAAACAUCUAAGCUCUCUCUUUCUAAAAGUGAAACAUAAACUUUAAUACUCCCGAUAAUUUUUCAUUAAAACAAUACAACAAUACAAAAGUAUGCGGAAUUCAGUAAAUAAAUAUUUAAACAAUAGUAUAUUAACAUAAACAUUAAAAAGAUCGUAAUGCGCGAGAAAAUUUCAAUAAUUUUUAUAUAAAAUUACAAUACUUCAAAAUUUCCAUUUCGUGGUUGUAGGCCUUAUGCAAUAUAAACAUAAACGGUCCUUCGAAUAAGAUUGAAAAUUACCCAGUUAGUUUCCCAUUGCACUUCCACCAGAGCACAUCAACUCUCUACUUUUCUAAACGCAAAAGCUUAUAAAUUAAUACUUCCGAAAUAUUUACAAUUAUUUAAACAAUCUACAAUGUACAAAGAGUAUAAUCAACUAAUACUUAAACAAUAGAUGUCUUUUCUGCAAGUAUCAACGAAUAUUUAAGAAUAUCAUUGCAAUCGCACGCGAAUCAAUGAUAUAAUCGAAUAUUUGUAUCGCUUAAAUAAAAAUAUCGCAAAGUAGAAGCAGUGUUUGUUCGUUCGGGUUUCGCGAUUUCAAAAACAAGUGUAUUUGCAUCGAUUGCGUGCAAUGCAAUCGUUAGAAUCAGUGUUUGUUUAGUAUAACGUUUUGCUUUUUUAACAGUCACAUAGACUGUAUUUGUAAAAGACAGUAGAAUUUUACAAAAUAAAUUCAGUGACCGUUCGUUUAAAUAUAUUUAUCGCGUAAUAGAGUCAGUGCAUCAUUGAAGAGGAUCUUAAUUAACUUCGAUGUCGACCUACCUAAUUUUAAAGAAUCUUUCAUCCUCAAUUUCGACUUAAACCGCGAACGAGUGUUUUGGAGCCAUCGCAGAACUUCUUAAGUAGACCGUCAGGCAAGGUUACACCUAACUUGCUAAUAUUAUUAAUACGGAAAAAUGUAAAAAUUGAUCCAUUCAGUGUUCAUCAUCUUUAUACAGAAGAAACGAAGAAUUUUUAUUAUUUUUCUUGGCGUUCGAUAAAUUUACGAUUAAUAUUAUUAUAAUACUACACUUCAACUUAUCGUCAUAUUAGAAAUAAUAAAUAAUCAAUAGAUGAUUUACUUCCAAGAUCAUAAUAUUUUAAAAAUAGUAUAUUCGUUUAAACAUUACAAAAUCGUAACACAUGAGAAACUUAAAACAAUCUUAAUUUAGAGUUGGUUACGUACAAUAUUCUACAAAAGUUUAUAGAUUAAUAUGAUAAACGUAUGACGGUGGUAUCAUUCCCUGCUUGCUCUUGUAGUAUAUAUUUUAUUAAUAUAUAUUAUCACUCAAGUUAUACACAUUUCUAGCAGAAGGUAAUGAACUAUCUUAAAGAUUAUAAAAUCAUCGUUUCCUUAAUUGUAGUAACGAUUUUUAAUAAAAAUGUGGUUUGUCCAGUCUUUCUAUUUUCUAAUUGGUUGAUUGGAAGCCAUAUUUAAUGUUUUACUACGCAAGCGUUUGAUUAUAUGCUGGUGUGUGUAUAUACUAUAUAUGUGCAUAACACUUAGCGUGAAAAAUGGCGGCGAAUAUCUAUGGAGUUUUCCGCGAAAAUUUGCAAAAUGCUAUUCUUAAAAGUAAAGUUCUUGUGGUUGGUGCAGGAGGGAUUGGUUGCGAAAUCUUGAAAAAUCUUGUAAUGACUGGUUUUAGUGAUAUUGAAAUUAUUGAUUUAGAUACUAUUGAUGUAAGUAACUUAAAUAGACAAUUUUUAUUUCAAAAGAAACACGUGGGAAAAUCUAAAGCUGAAGUAGCAAAGGAAACUGCUUUAACUUUUAAUCCUAAUGCCAAAAUAAUUCAUUAUCAUGAUAGUAUUACAUCAUCAGAAUUUGGAUUAUCCUUCUUUAAAAAAUUCUCUUUAGUUAUGAAUGCUCUUGAUAAUAGAGCGGCAAGAAAUCAUGUAAACCGUAUGUGUUUAGCAGCUGACGUACCAUUAAUUGAAUCUGGAACAGCAGGUUAUGAAGGACAGGUAGAACUGAUUAAGAAAGGUUUAAGUCAGUGUUAUGAAUGUACUCCUAAAGCGGCACAAAAAACAUUUCCAGGAUGUACAAUACGUAAUACACCGAGUGAACCAAUUCACUGUAUUGUAUGGGCAAAGCAUCUUUUUAAUCAGUUAUUUGGCGAAGAAGAUCCUGAUCAAGAUGUUUCACCAGAUACUGCAGAUCCUGAAGCAACUGAUACAGCUGCACAAGGUAGUUUAGAGUCAGAAUCAAAUAGUAAAGGAAAUGUUGAUCGUGUAUCAACGCGAUCUUGGGCACAAUCAUGUGAUUAUGAUUCCAAAAAAUUAUUUACAAAAUUUUUCCAUGAUGAUAUUAAAUACCUACUUAGUAUGGAAAAUUUAUGGAAAAAAAGAAGACCUCCAACACCUUUAGAUUGGUCAAAUUUACCUGAUGCUGUACCUGGAUCUAGUAAAGAAAUGUCUGAACCUGGACUAAAAGAUCAACAACGUUGGAGUAUUGCUAAAUGUGGAACUGUUUUUGCUGAAGCCAUAAAUAAUUUAAGCAAAAGCUUAAAAUCUAAUCAAGAAACAACAUCAGAUAAUCAUCUCAUAUGGGAUAAAGAUGAUCAACAUGCUAUGGAUUUUGUUGCAGCGUGUGCUAAUAUUCGAGCUUAUAUUUUUGGAAUACAACAAAAGACAAGAUUUGAUAUCAAGUCUAUGGCAGGAAAUAUAAUUCCAGCGAUAGCAACUACAAAUGCCAUCAUUGCUGGAUUAGUUGUUCUACAUGCAUUUUAUAUUCUUGAAAAUAGAUUAAAAGAAUGUAGAUCAGUAUACUUGCGUUUAAAAAUGAACCAUAGAAAUCAGUUAUUAGUACCAGAAAAAAAUGUUAAUCCUCCGAAUCCUAAAUGUUAUGUCUGUGCACCUACGCCACAAGCUGUAUUAGCUGCAGAUACAUCCAAAAUGACAAUUAGAGAACUUGAUGAAUUGGUAUUGAAAAAUAGACUAAAUAUGAUUGCUCCGGACGUUAUAAUAGAUGGCAAAGGUAUAGUCAUUAUUAGUAGUGAAGAAGGGGAGACUGAAGAAAACAAUAAUAAAAUUCUAGAAGAAUUUGGAAUAAAAGAUGGUACAAUUUUAAAAGUCGAUGAUUUUCAUCAAAAUUAUUCAUUAACUAUCACAAUAAUGCAUCGAGAACGACCUUCUGUAAAGGAUGAAAGUCCAGAAUUUUUAAUACUAGCAAACGAAGAAGAUCUUAUGCCAAAAGAAGAAAAUAAUGAUUCUGAAAAACCAUCGACUUCAAAUGGCAAGAUUGAUAUCUCAUCUGAAGAUUCUAUAAUGAUUGUAGAAACAGAAGUUAAUUCUGCAUUACAUACAGAUACAGCUAAGAAACGCAAAACUGAUAUGACUGAAAAUGACGUCCUCGUUAAAAAGCGAAAAUUAGAUAUUAAUAAUGGAGAGGAUGUUUCUAUUAUAGAAGAUGAUGCGACUGAUCUUUCUUCCGAAAGGAAAACAUCAAGCACAAAAAAAAGUAGAUCUACGGAUGAUGAUUGUUUAAUUGUAUAUGAUGAAGGCACUGAGACAACUUAAAAGAAAUAUAUAAAAAAAGUUGAUAAGAUAUGUCAUAAGAUAAAUGAACAUAUUUAGAGUAAUAGGUAUAUAUUAAUUUUCUUUUUUGUAUUUUAUUUAAAGUAAAUAGAAGUAAGCUUAAAUGAUGUGUCGAAUUUAUAUAUAAAUAGUUGUCAAAAAUCAUUUAAUUUUCUAACAUUUACAAGAAUAGUAAUUCUAUCCAUAC